AUGGAUGCCGGUUCAAGCAAGUUCCCCGUGUGGUUUAUCGCCUUUGUGUUGCUCUCGAUCCAUGUGUAUGUGGCGGAGGGGAUCGAGAGCAGCAAUCCCUGCGUCGAUGGGACGUACGAUGACAGCGGAAGGAGAUGUUGUCUGUGUAGUACAGGUCAGUACUUGAAGGACCACUGCACUACGGAUCUACAAUAUGGAAAAUGCGAAAGAUGUCCUCCAAAAACUUACAGCAGUCAGCCUAAUAACCUGGACUCCUGUGAGCCCUGCACAUCCUGCUCACAACCUAAUGCCAAUCUCGAGGAGAAGGAACCCUGUACCUCUGCCGUUGACACUAAGUGCCGGUGUAAACAGGAUCACUAUUGCAGCAGUGGCACAGAAACAUGUAUACUCUGCAACCCUUGUAAAGAGUGUCCGGAGGGCACCAAAGUAGCCUGUUCAGCCCACAAUAACACAGUCUGCAAUGAGGUAAAUAACAACGGGGUAAUAAUCAGCAGUAUCGUAGGAUCACUCAUUGGAACUCUCUUAGUUGCUCUUAUUGCAUAUUGUAUAUGCAAACGCUACCGGACGAGAACAUUUAACCCAGACCAACUGACAAAUGUUGCUUCUGAUGUGGAGAUGCGGCAGCUUCUUAAAGUGGUUGAUCUCCAGCCUCACCGCUCUGACAUUGCAAAAGCGAUUGGAUGGAAGGAUAUGCGGGAUGUAGCAAGGCGCAGCGGAAUAUCAGAAAAGGAUAUUGAGUCUUGUCAACUGGACAACCCUGAUGAUAGUCAGGAGCAGACAGUUCAACUACUAAACAAAUGGAUGGAGAAGCAGGGAAAGGAGGCUUCAAAGAACUUGAUCAAAAUCCUUGAUCAAAAUGACAAAAGGACCACAGCAGAGAGGGUGAUGGAAAUAUUGUCUAGCUCACAACUUCCUGCUUGAAUGUGAGCACUUUUUAAAUAUUUGCAGUGCUGUCGGUAUGAAUUAUUAUUUUGAACUCAGUUUGUCAGUCUCUCUGUCUUGUACUUUGUGUUGGGGUCUGACAUUGUGUGCUUAGAACAAAGACUCAGCUUUCACCUUGUGGCUAUUUGAACAGAAAAAAUGACUUGGGCCUGUUUGUUCAGACAAAAGCCUGAUUUGAGUUUAAGACAACACCAACCCCCCGGGAAACGUUUUCACACCUACGUGUGAAAUCUUCAUCCCAAUACUAAACUAGGGUCUCAGUGGACAACAGACACAGACACCCCAGGACUUCCUGUGAUGCAGCUCUGCCUGUCCCUGAAACUACAAAACUCUCCGUCCCGUCCAGCUCUUGGCCCUUCUCGCCUGACUCGCGCCGGUGUAAGGAGGCAAGAACACAGCUUUGCUGCUUUUAAAAGAAAAUCCUCGGCUACAGUAUUCAUUUUUGUUUUACAAAGUCCAUUUGUGCCACAGCUUGUAUUGUGUAUUAAACCUCAUUAAAUGUAUUUUUAGGAAACAUUUCACUGUUGGCUCCUAAUAUGUUGUGAGUGGUCUAUUGUCUAUUGCUCAUAGACAGAUUUUUCUGUUCAGUCGUCCUUCCCUAAUCUUAAAACCAGAAUACCACAGACCAUCUUCAUAGAGAACUAAUACACUUCUACUGCCCUUUCCUUGGCUUGUUGCGCUAACUGUAUCUAUAGUCAUUUCAUAAGUCCCACAUUUAAAAGCAAUUCUGGUGAAAAUCGUACUCUAUAAACUAAAAUAUUGGCCAAGUGUUACUUAUAAGUACUUAGAAAUGUGUAUCUGUAUUGUUCCUGCUAUUUUACGCUCUUAUUUUGUAACAGUAACAUUACUGCACCCCUUAAUACUUGGAAUGCUGAUUCAGCAUGACAUGUUGAACUAUUCCUUGAAGUACAUGUUUUAAUGUAGUAUGUUGAGGUAUUAUAAGUAAGUAAGGGGUUUCGGUAGUUCUUCCACGGUAAACUGCGUUUGUUUUAAGUCGGCUUAAAAGUGUGGAAAUUAGCAAUAUUGCAAAGAAAUGCUUUUAUUUAGACCGUCCGCUGAUGAUUACGUUUUUAGGGGUUUCAAAACUACAGAUUUUCUAAUCAUCCAAGUUCUGCAAAAUAAAAUAAUCGACUAUAAAAUAAAAAGUUGGCUACAUUUUCAUGAUUAUACUUCCAUACUUUUACACAAGUAACAUUUUGAUUGCAGGGUUCUUUGGAGUAGUUUAGUUAGAUAAAAGUUAGUUAAUGGUUUGUUAAUGGUUAGUUAAUAUUUGUUUCCUCCAACAAUAUUUCCUAUGUCACAUUUUUUACAAGGUGACCGUAUGUUUUGUAUUCAAAUGGAUAUAAAGGAAUAUAAAACUGUCAAUAAAAGUAGGCCACACAAAAUUGCACAAUUACAGCAGCAUAAGUGCAACCGACAGUGAGUCUUUGCAUGUCAAUGUGCACACCAUUCAUAACAUGUUCACAGCCAU